AUGGCUUCUGGCAAAGCGAAAAGCAUCGACGAAAUGACUAUGAAGGAACUGCUUGAAACGAUGGAGGCUCUUGGUGUAGCAGACGAAGAGGUAGAGACACGAAGCGACGCUAGGUCUCGAAUAAGAACUGUGUUAGAAAAGGCAGAAAAGACGACGUUGAACUGGUCACCAGGAGAGGUACGUUAUUUGUUAGUAAAAUUUCAGAACCGACACGAGUUUGGCCGGCGAAGUUUAGUGUGUUUCAAGAGGAGCGACAUUUCGUGAUCGCUAUGAAGCCAUGCGUGGUCAAGCCGUUUAGUUAAUGCUAGACCUAACGAAAUGUGUAAAUUUAUGAUAGUUUUUAUAUCAUUCCGUUCGUGUUUUUUCUUGUAUUACUCACAAGAUGCACCGCUUUAAUUUUCCCUUCCAGUCCGUGAUCGUGAGAAAAUAUACGCUCUGCAUUUUUGUAUCGUGCUGAGGCACGAAACAUGUCCGGACACGACUUGUGCUAUGAAUUCUCAUCAAGAGUAUUCCAACUUUAAAGAACAAUUCUCUACUAGGAUGAACUUCUUCAUGAGAAAAAACCCCUCCUUAUAAGUUUUCCUUAUCGUUUAGUAAACAAGAAAUGUGCCUCCGUCCAGUAGCUACUGUGAAACCGAAAGUCUUCCGCUUCGCUUCCAUCUCAGAGAUCACGUGACAAAACGUCAAUAGAUCACAAACAUAUAUGAGCUCUUUAAGUUCAAGCUGCAUCUUUUUGCCCGAUUAUUCCGAUCUAACGGAACUUUAAAAAUACGAAAGAACGGAAAACAAAGGCCAACUAUUCCUGGGGAUGAAUCAGCCUUCGCGUCUGAGCCGUUCGUAAGAGCGUUACUAGAGUCGAUCUCCGAGGUUGACAAGGCUCCUGACUUCUUGCCACAGCGCACGAUCGAAGGAGCCACCGUAUUUUAUUCCCUAAAGAUAUUUGAGAUACUAGAGACGGAUGAUCCAUCCCGGUGAAUCACUGAGGACCCGUCUGUCAAUUUUAAAAUGCGUUCUAGUAUAAAAAAAGACACUGGAGUUCCGCCGUCUUUAUUUUCUGUAGAGACUAAUUCGCGGGCAAGCGCUGACAAAGGGCAGAAAUAGUGCUCGUGGAGUGCGUGGCAGAAUGUUAUUCCUGUUUUCACACAUGAUGCCAAAAACUCUGUUACAAAUUCCCUGUGGUGACAGUAUGCCAUUUUUUUUUGCGAAUCAAUGUGCAUUACAUUACUCCAUGUUUGAAAAUACGCUUCACGUUGGUACCGAUUCAAAUUUGGCUUUUUGUUUCUUUUCCUUCAAAUGGCAUUCAAAUGCCCGUGAAAAGAAAGUCUAUGGAAAGCAAAGGGUAUUUUCAUUUCAAUAGGUUAUUUCUAAAAAGCCAUGGUGAUAGUAAUGUUGCUAAUGUUAAGAAUCGCAGUUAUGUGACGAUAGAUGGACGAACCAACUUAACGUAAAGAAAAGUCAUUACUGGGCUGCCCCUUUCAGUUGAUGAUGUUGGCGCUGGGAAACUCAGAAAAAUGCUUACGUUGCAUACAAACCCACACGCCGUUCACGGUAGGUUCACACUAAAAGAUGACUGUGAGCGUCAGGUUUGGAACGCGCGCCGGGGCCGUUUCGUGAACUCAAAAGAGAGAAUUCUCGAUCGACGUAGUACAUGAGCAACUCACAACUCAUGAGCAACUCACCCCUUGCGUGUCUCCCUCGCGCGCGCCCGUUCUCUCUUUCGCCCGCUACUUCCAAGCGCCUGCUGCGCAGGCUAUAUAGCGUCGUGCUAAAAAAUGAAUUAAAGUACUGUGUAUUCCCCCCACAGAUUUACAAGCUAGAAUGCCCCCAAAUAGUUUUACGUGUUCACUGCACGGCUGCGGAGGAUACUUGAAAGGUUGUCACCUUCACUAAGUGGUUUGUUUUUCCAUGCUCCGCGGUUGAAAUAAUUUCCGUGACCAAGCUUCCAUCGAAAAAAACUAUAAUUCAUGAAAAAUCUCAAAUUUUGUUUUGCUGCUAGUCCUGCAAUACCAUGUUAAAACUUCAGAUUACACCGUUUCUCGACUUGGAGCGCAUAAAUUUUACGUCCACGGAUAAUGUAAAGGGCGAGACCGUUUUACAUAUUUCCGUGACUGGCAUUAUACGGGUCCGGUACUGAAGCCCAGCGGAAUCAUUUACCUAUCUUUUUUUCUCCACUAGCUGCUGUUUUUCUUCUGGGAACUUCUGCGACAACUUUAAAAAUCGUUGCUUUUUAGCUUGAGCCUUCGUGUUUGCGUUGUUGCGUUCAUUCACGAAAAAAGAAAAACUGCAGGACCUGGCAGUUUUUUCCCGCCUUCUGGCACGCCACUUUCCACCAUGCUUUGAUCACCUGCUGUAAUGCAUUUGAUUUUAGUCAAGGCCACGUGACCAAGAAUAAACCAAUUCAAAUCAAUUCAAAGUGGACAGACUGCAAAUUAUGGUAGUUGCUGAAAAAUAUAUCUAUGGCAGUCCCUGAGUUGAGUGAAAGUCUAGGAAUAUAACAAUGGCUCAUAUGAUGAUGGUUAGGCCAAUCAAGUUUCAGUGAUCAAUGUAGUUCUUCAAUACAAUGAUUAAAUGUAAAGAGCUUGAGCAAUUUAAGACAUAAGCACUUGUCUUCUGUUCGCUCGUCUGUUUAUUACUUGACAGUUUCAAUUAUAUAAUUAUAUACCAUUACCUUCGUCACUCUAUAGUUAAUACUUUCAUAGGAGACACCUCUGAAUGCUCGCCUGUUUGAAUUCGCUUUUGCCGCUAGAGCGCGCGACUUCCCAAAUUCCUGACAGGGAGAGAAAAAAUCCACAUCCUGUGCACGAAUUUUAGUGAAUCCCGCUUCCCCUGUAGAAGACAAUUUCCGUUUCCCGUAAAUUAUUUUGCGGUUUUACGAAUCCCGAACCCGCCUGAGUCAAAUCCCGGGUCCCGAAAAUACUCUUCCAGACCCUGACAAUUUGCCGCCGUGAUCAGUUUGCACAUGGAAGAAUUGAAGAACAAUCAAUGCAUCGUUUGAAGAUCGAGUUUAACGGAAAAGACACUUUCUUUGUGAGCGAAUGGUUGAAGCCUAGAGGAACUCUGCGAGAUACUUGAAACCUUAUAUAAACUUCGUGUUCUGUGUGAUCAAUUCGACGGUUAAAUUACGUUGACUGAAACGGUUCCGUCGUGAUGAGACAAAAUUGUACACCGUAUUUACUUGAAUAUUAGCCGCAACUCGAUUAAUCGCCUCCCUCGAGUAAUCACCCCUCUUGAAACAGAAAUAUUUAAAAUAAUCGCCUCCCACGAAUAAUCCCCCCCCCGCCCCCACAUACACACACACACACACGCACACACACCCCUCUCGCCAUCUUCUCUUUUCUUAUACCCUUCCUGUCAAGUUGAAGUGGAGUCUGAUCGAGCAAUAUUGAUCAGCCGGACGAUUCAAGCUCUGACGCCGAGGAUAUUUACAUUGAAAAUUAAUCAAGGAACCAGAUUUGGAACACUUAAAAAACCCAUGUUCAGUUUAUUGAAUGUGUUUUUGAUUUGGGGAUUGAAAGAAACAAAACAUUUAGAGCUCGAAUUCCGGAGAGCAAUAUUUGAAGUAAUCAACUCCCUCGAAUAAUCACCCCCGGCUAUUAUUCGAGGAAAUAACGGUACUCAUGUUAAGCUCGUCGGUUGUUUAUCAUUCACUGCUGAGUUAAAUACCUUCGAAAAAGAAAUGUACUUUUAAAAUUCUAGUUUAUAGCUCUGUCAUUAACAUUAAUCAGAUCGAUGUGACUUUUUGCAAUAAAUUUAACUAGCGGCUAAGAGCGAUUUGCGAAGGGUGCUUCACGCACAGAUUUUCUGUAAAUAUGGCAUUUGCAGCAUAUUCACUGGAAAAUGCAAUUUUUGUGUUGUCCUGGGGUGGGGCAUUUGCACACUUUUUUAAGCCCCAUUAUAAGCCUGAGGUCUUUGUAUGAACCGCGCGGCCCCACUGUAGGACUUGCAGCAUUCCCAAACAAAAAAGACAAGCGCCCAGGGGGGAUGGGUACGCUUAUAGAAUUGAUUGAGCCUCGAGUGCUAUAUGACAAAAAUUAAUUCCAUGGUUUAAGUUCUAUUCACUUAUGAGCUCUCUUUUAUAGAAUCUCAAUACUUCGAAUUCAAAAUAAUUGAGCCGAAUGCCCGGAUGUACCCACAUAAACUGGGCUGUCAAGCAUUAUCAUUUCAUUUUGAUUUUUUUUCUUUACUGUAGCAGUCAACCCCACCCUCCACCCCACAAUUUCCUAAGAUUUUUCUGGGAAGUGUAAUCUACGGACUUCCUUCGCUGAUGUUUCGCGAAACAAAAGUAGAGGGAAAUGUACUCUCAUGCAGAGCAGAGCAGUAAGGGCGAGCGCGUCUUCAGAUAAUUUCGACUUUUCCAAAAACCCACAAGGAGCUUUAUACUAAGUAAAAUGGCAACUGGCAAAACGAAUAACAUUGAUAACAUGAACAUGGUGGACACGUUUCAAACGAUGCAAGCCCUUGGUGUGUCGUUCGAAGGAGUGGAGACGCUGAGGGAGAUGAAAUCUCGAGUAAGAACUGUGUUAGACCAAGCAGACAAGACGUCGAGCUGGUCAGCAGGGCAGGUAAGGAAUUUAAACAUACCAUUCUCAGGCUGGUUACACUCGUCGAUUCUCUUCCUUCCAGCCUUCCCGGGGGGAAACCCCGUACAUAACGAACUAAACGGGAAUUCUCCGCCCGAAACGGCUACCUUUUCACGAGUGAGCUAUAUAAAAGGGUAAGCAUUUCACGUGCUGAGGUAUAGAAAAGGUUGGGGGAACUGCCAUCUGUUAGCUAUUUAAAAGGUAUUGAAGAGAAAAGUGAGCUCAAUACGCUCGGUUAUUCAGCGGUCAUUAACCAAUUAAAAAUGCUUCUUAGCUUCAAGGGUAGAAAUGGAUUGCAGUGUUGUAUUGUGGAAUAUAUAAAAGGGUAUUAUUUCAAUGAAAGGGAUAUGAAACGGGUACCUUUUUUAUUAAAAGUAGUAUUUAAAAGGGUAAGGGGUUUGAACCGCGGGGAGGGGGGGGGGGGGGGGCUUACCGCACAGAAUUUUGUCUAGUACCCCCUGUCCCCCGCAUUGUUUAAUUUCGUGUCGAUCUCCUUGAAUUUUUCAAGACAGUGGAACCUAAUUUAGUCCAUGAUGUUGAAACGUUAUAAAGGCAACGAUGGCGAGCCACCUUUUUCGUCUCAAUUAACCGAUAUCACCAAAGUCAACUUUCAUUUACGGUUCUUGGAACGGAAUGCUAUUGCGUCGUCCUCGUGACAAGGAAAUGCGUUAUUUAAGGUGUAAUAGAGACGUCUGUACGUUGACCCUUGUUUACAUUGUUUUUCAACUGCACGUCCUAAAAGGAACUGCUAUUCCCAAUACUGCUAAAGUAAAAUUUUAUUUCAGGUGUAAUCAAUGUCCAAGAAAUAUAUAGUGUCGAGCUAAAAAAUGAAUUAAAGUACUGUGUAUUUCACCCACAGAUUUACAAGCUAGAGUCACCCCAAAUAGUUUCACGUGUUCACUGCAUGCUGUGGAGAACACUUGAAAGGUUGUCCCCUUCUCUAAGUGGUUUGUUUUUCGAUGCUCCGCGGUUGAAAUAAUCUCCUUGACCUGUCACAGAAAAAAAGCUAUUAUUCAUGAAAAAUCUCAAAUUUUGUUUUGCAACUAGUCCUACAAUAGCACGUUAAAACUUCAGAUUACACCGUUUCUCGACUUGGAGCGCAUAAAUUUUACGUAUAAUGUAAAGGGCGACCGUUUACAUAUUUCCGUGACUGGCAUUAUACGGGUCCGGUACUGAAGCCCAGCGGGAUCAUUUACCUAUCUCUUUUCCUCCACUAGCUGCUGUUUUUCUUCUGGGAACUUCUGCGACAACUUUAAAAAUCGUUGCUUUUUAGCUUGAGCCUUCGUGUUUGCGUUGUUGUGUUCAUUCACAAAAAAAAAAAAAAACUGGCAGCACCUGGCAGUCUUUUCCCCGCCUUCUGGCACGCCACUUUCCACCAUGCUUUGAUCACCUGCUGUAAUGCAUUUGAUUUUAGUCAAGGCCACGUGACCAAGAAUAAACCAAUUCAAAUCAAUUCAAAGUGGACAGACUGCAAAUUAUGGUAGUUGCUAAAAAAUAUAUCUAUGGCAGUCCCUGAGUUGAGUGAAAGUCUAGGAAUAUAACAAUGGCUCAUAUGAUGAUGGUUAGGCCAAUCAAGUUUCAGUGAUCAAUGUAGUUCUUCAAUACAAUGAUUAAAUGUAAAGAGCUUGAGCAAUUUAAGACAUAAGCACUUGUCUUCUGUUCGUUCGUCUGUUUAUUACUUGACAGUUUCAAUUAUAUAAUUAUAUACCAUUACCUUCGUCACUCUAUAGUUAAUACUUUCAUAGGAGACACCUCUGAAUGCUCGCCUGUUUGACUUCGCUUUUGCCGCUAGAGCGCGCGACUUCCCAAAUUCCUGACAGGGAGAGAAAAAAUCCACAUCCUGUGCACGAAUUUUAGUGAAUCCCGCUUCCCCUGUAGAAGACAAUUUCCGUUUCCCGUAAAUUAUUUUGCGGUUUUACGAAUCCCGAACCCGCCUGAGUCAAAUCCCGUGUCCCGAAAAUACUCUUCCAGACCCUGACAAUUUGCCGCCGUGAUCAGUUUGCACAUGGAAGAAUUGAAGAACAAUCAAUGCAUCGUUUGAAGAUCGAGUUUAACGGAAAAGACACUUUCUUUGUGAGCGAAUGGUUGAAGCCUAGAGGAACUCUGCGAGAUACUUGAAACCUUAUAUAAACUUCGUGUUCUGUGUGAUCAAUUCGACGGUUAAAUUACGUUGACUGAAACGGUUCCGUCGUGAUGAGACAAAAUUGUACACCGUAUUUGCUUGAAUAUUAGCCGCCACUCGAUUAAUCGCCUCCCUCGAGUAAUCACCCCUCUUGAAACAGAAAUAUUUAAAAUAAUGGCCUCCCACGAAUAAUCCCCCACAUACACACACACACGCACACACACCCCUCUCGCCAUCUUCUCUUUUCUUAUACCCUUCCUGUCAAGUUGAAGUGGAGUCUGAUCGAGCAAUAUUGAUCAGCUGGACGAUUCAAGCUCUGACGCCGAGGAUAUUUACAUUGAAAAUUAAUCAAGGAACCAGAUUUGGAACACUUAAAAAACCCAUGUUCAGUUUAUUGAAUGUGUUUUUGAUUUGGGGAUUAAAAGAAACAAAACAUUUAAAGCUCGAAUUUCGGAGAGCAAUAUUUGAAGUAAUCAACUCCCUCGAAUAAUCACCCCCGGCUAUUAUUCGAGGAAAUAACGGUACUCAUCAUGUUAAGCUUGUCGGUUGUUUGUUUAUCACUCACUGCUGAGUUAAAUACCUUCGAAAAAGAAGUGUAAUUUUAAAAUUCUAGUUUAUAGCUCUGUCAUUAACAUUAAUCAGAUCGAUGUGACUUUUUGCAAUAAAUUUAACUAGCGGCUAGGAGCGAUUUGCGAAGGGUGCUUCACGCACAGAUUUUCUGUAAAUAUGGCAUUUGCAGCAUAUUCACUGGAAAAUGCAAUUUUUGUGUUGUCCUGGGGUGGGGCAUUUGCACACUUUUUUAAGCCCCAUUAUAAGCCUGAGGUCUUUGUAUGAACCGUGCGGCUCCACUGUAGGACUUGCAGCAUUCCCAAACAAAAAAGACAAACGCCCAGGGGGGAUGGGUACGCUUAUAGAAUUGAUUGAGCCUCUAGUGCUAUAUGACAAAAAUUAAUUCCAUGGUUUAAGUUCUAUUCACUUAUGAGCUCUCUUUUAUAGAAUCUCAAUACUUCGAAUUCAAAAUAACUGAGCCGAAUGCGCGAAUGUACCGUCAUAAACAGGGCUGUCAAGCAUUAUCAAUUCAUUAACCCCACCCUCCACCCCACAAUUUCCUAAGAUUUUUCUGGGAAGUGUAAUAUCCGGACUUCCUUCGCUGAUGUUUCGCGAAACAAAAGUAGAGGGAAAUCUGCACUCAAGCAGAGCAGAGCAAUUAGGGCGGGCGAGUCUUCAGAUAAUUUCGACUUUUCCAAAAACCUGCAAGGAGCUUUAUACUGAGUAAAAUUGCAACUGGUAAAAGGAAUAACAUUGAUAACAUGAACAUGGUGGAGACGUUUCAAACGAUGGAAGCCCUUGGUGUGUCGUUCGAAGGAGUGCAGACGCUGAACGAGAUUAAAUCUCGAGUAAGAACUGUGUUAGACCAAGCAGACAAGACGUCGAGCUGGUCAGCAGGGCAGGUACAGAAUUUAAACAUACCAUUCUCAGGCUGGUUACGCUCAUGCACCCUAAUCAACUCCCUCGAAUAAUCACCCCCGGCUAUUAUUCGAGGAAAUAACGGUACUCAUCAUGUUAAGCUUGUCGGUUGUUUGUUUAUCACUCACUGCUGAGUUAAAUACCUUCGAAAAAGAAGUGUACUUUUAAAAUUCUAGUUUAUAGCUCUGUCAUUAACAUUAAUCAGAUCGAUGUGACUUUUUGCAAUAAAUUUAACUAGCGGCUAGGAGCGAUUUGCGAAGGGUGUUUCACGUACAGAUUUUCUGUAAAUAUGGCAUUUGCAGCAUAUUCACUGGAAAAUGCAAUUUUUGUCUUGUCCUAGGGUGGGGCAUUUGCACACUUUUUUUAAGCCCCAUUAUAAGCCUGAGGUCUUUGUAUGAACCGCGCGGCUCCACUGUAGGACUUGCAGCAUUCCCAAACAAAAAAGACAAACGCCCAGGAGGUAUGGGUACGCUUAUAGAAUUGAUUGAGCCUCGAGUGCUAUAUGACAAAAAUUAAUUCCAUGGUUUAAGUUCUAUUCACUUAUGAGCUCUCUUUUAUAGAAUCCCAAUACUUCGAAUUCAAAAUAACUGAGCCGAAUGCGCGGAUUUACCAUCAUAAACAGGGCUGUCAAGCAUUAUCAAUUCAUUAACCCCACCCUCCACCCCACAAUUUCCUAAGAUUUUUCUGGGAAGUGUAAUAUCCGGACUUCCUUCGCUGAUGUUUCGCGAAACAAAAGUAGAGGGAAAUCUGCACUCAAGCAGAGCAGAGCAAUUAGGGCGGGCGAGUCUUCAGAUAAUUUCGACUUUUCCAAAAACCUGCAAGGAGCUUUAUACUGAGUAAAAUUGCAACUGGUAAAAGGAAUAACAUUGAUAACAUGAACAUGGUGGAGACGUUUCAAACGAUGGAAGCCCUUGGUGUGUCGUUCGAAGGAGUGCAGACGCUGAACGAGAUGAAAUCUCGAGUAAGAACUGUGUUAGACCAAGCAGACAAGACGUCGAGCUGGUCAGCAGGGCAGGUACAGAAUUUAAACAUACCAUUCUCAGGCUGGUUACACUUAUCGAUUCCCUUCCGUCCAGCCUUCCCGGGGGGAAACCCCAUACAUAACGGACCAAACGGGAAUGCUCCGCCCGAAACGGCUACCUUUUCAUGAGCGAGGUAUAUAAAACGUUAAGCAUUUCACGUGGUGAUCAGGUAUAGAAAAGGUUGAGGGGAAACUGCCAAUUGCUAGCUAUUUAAAAGGUAUUCAAGAGAAACGUGAGUUCAAUACCCUCGGUUAUGCAGCGGUCAUUAACCAAUAGACCUUUUUACCGAUACGGCGGCCAUAUUGAAUUCAUUCGAUUUAAGGAGUAUUAUAGGAUGCCCAGGGGGCAUGAGCACAUUUCGUUUAUAUUUACGAGCGUUUUUCGGGGCAUUUUUUCUCAAAGUUUUGUUAGAAUAAGAUUGUAAUGGGAAAAAAGAUCUCUGUGCCGUGUUUGGAUGUAAUAAUGAUCGCCUUUUUCCCGAGAAAUAUCUGGUGAAAGACCAUCUUUCUAAUACUAAGCUAGAAAAAGGCGAUGAUUAUUACAUCCAAACAAGGCACAAUUAUCUUUUUUCCCUUUAGAAUCUUAUUCUAAGAAAAUUUUACGAAAAAAUGUCCCGAAAUGCGCUCGUACAAACUAACAAAAUGCGCUCAUGCACCCUGGGCAUCCUAUAAUACUCCUUAAAUCAAUUUAAUUCAAUAUGGCCGCCGUAUCGGUAAAAAGGUCUAUUGAAAACGCUUCUUAGCUUCAAGGGUAGAAAUGGAUUGCAGUGUUGUAUUGUGGAAUAUAUAAGAGGGGUAUUAUUUCUAUGAAAGGGAUAUGAAAUGGGUACCUUUCUUAUUAAAAGUAGUACAUAAAAGGGUAAGGGGUUUAAACUUCGGAGGGGGGAGGCUCACCGAAAAGCAUUGUGUCUAGUACUCCGGUCCCUCGAGCCAGCAUUGUUUAAUUUCGUGUCGAUUUCCUUGAAUUUUUCAAGACAGUGGAACCUAAUUUAGUCCAUGAUGUUGAAACGUUAUAAAGGCAACGAUGGCGAGCCACCUUUUUCUCAAUUAACCGAUAUCACCAAGGUCAACUUUCAUGAUCAGUUUGUGUUCUCGGAACGGAAUGCUAUGGCGUCGUCCGAGUGGCAUGUAAAUGUUUUUUGGGAUGUAAUGAGACGUCUCGUGUGCAAGUUGAUCCUUGUUUACCUAGGUCGCGGUGGGACACUCAAGGGAAGUUUGGGUUGAUGUGUGCUGCCGAGGCCUUUAAACCCCGACCCUGUUUAAGACAAAAAUUGCUCAUUUCGCUACCCUGUUUGAGAUAAGAGGCACUUUUUUUUUACCCUGAUUUGUUUGGUUUUGAAUGCAGAAUUAAGUAAUUUUUCACACCAAAAUCGUGGAAAUAGAUGUUUGGGAAAAAAAUUAUUGGUAUUGCAAAUGUAGACCGCUUAUCGCAAGUCUUCACACUCUUUGAAACGCUUCCAGUCCAAAAAGACACCUUGUUCAAGACGCUUAAUAGUGAAAUUGUAUAUCCUGUUUAGGACUAAAGACCUUGAAAAACAUACCCUGUUCAGCGGCACAUACCUGUAUAGGCCAAAUAAGGGAGUGUCCCUUUCCCGGGACCUACGUACAUUAUCUUUAAACUACACGAACUAAAAGAAACUGCUAUUCACAAUACUGCUAAAGUAAAAUUUUAUUUCAGGUGUAAUCAAUAUCCAAGAAAUAUAGAGCGUCGUGCUAGAAUUAAAGUACUGUGUUUUUCACCCACAGAUUCAAAAGCUAGAGUGACCCAAAAUAGUUUUACGUGUUCACUGCAUGCUGUGGAGAACACUUGAAAGGUUGUCACCUUCACUAAGUGGUUUGUUUUUCCAUGCUCCGCGGUUAAAAUAAUCUCAGUGGCCUUCCACCGAAAAAAGCUAUAAUUCAUGAAAAAUUUCAAAUUUUGCUGUGCUACUAGUCCCGCAAAACACACAGAUUAUACCGUUUCUCGCCUUUUGCGUCCACGGAUAAAGCAAAGGGCGAGACAGUAAUUGUAUUUAUUCUCCCCCGUUUUACAUAUUUCCGUGACUGGUAUUAUACGGGUCCGGUACGGAAGCCCAGCGGGAUCAUUGACCUAUCUUAAUUGCUUUUCUUUUUUACUUUUUCAUUUUUCCUUUUAUAACAUUUUGCUUUGUACUUUUUUCAUUUUCUGUUGUCAGUUUUUGUUUACAUUACUUAAUUUUCGUUUCAAUUUUUUUUUAAAAUUCAAUUUUGUUUUUAAGUUUUGUUUUUGAGUCUCUUUUCACUUUUUCAUUUUCUGUUUUGAUUUUGCACACUGUAAAUCGAAACGAAAACCGAAAUCAAGGAAACAAACUGAGGAUAGGCCCGAAAGCUAAAAUGUUUGUGUUUCGCUAUGUUUGUUUUGUUUCCCGAAUUUGGCGCCAGAACUCGUCCCCAGGAUCUUUGACCUUUUCUCAUCUCGGAAACAGGGCUGAAAUUUCUCAUAUGAACCCAAGACCGCGUAGCUGGCGGUAUUGUGUAGUAGUCGAGUGAGAUUUGGCGGCGGAGCCGUUGUAAUAUAGUUGAGUGAGAUUUGACGGCGGAGCCGUCACGAACGGCGAAGCCGCGAGAAAGUGGGUAUUUCAACCGCCUCGUCCCUAGUCCCUUUUUUUGGAACACGGCUCCGCCGCCAAAACUUUAAUCUCGCACCCACACAAUACCGCCAGCUACGCAGGCUAAAUUCAUCCCGGUAACCGAGCCAGCCCGGUCAACCGGGCUCAUAUGAAGAGGCCCUUUGGAAAUAGUCGAUAUACUGUUUAAAAACACGUAUGCAUGUAUGUAUGUACGACUCGGGCUUAAAGUGAAGCCUUAUACUAAAGACAAAAUUGGAAGCCUUAAAAAAUAAACCUCACUGGCAGAGGUCAAAUUUGCAGAUUAAUAGGGUAUGCUGCCUUUUGUAACGCAAUAAAACCCAUUGGCGCCACACAUUAUCGAGAAAAAACCGUUUCUAAAUAGAGAUACAUAAAACAAGAAUUUAAAUAUAUAAAAACAAACGGUUUUGUCACGUGGUCGCUAGAGUUUGAAAGCCAGCCACUCAAAUACAAAAUCCGAUUGGGCAUUCUUCGCUUUCGUAAGACUAGAAUCAGCCGUGCGUGUACUUGUAGAAACCUCCUCAAUUAACUAAACCUUGUAACAUAACAGCUUUACUUUUUUAGGCCUUCUCCGUUUUAUCCGAAGCUAAAGAAGAAGAUGCCAGGAAAAGACGGCACUUACUCGAUUUUUACACCGAAGCCGUAGCUUUUGUAGGAAGAAUGGAUGAACAGAUGAUAACUUUACUUCAAAAGCAUACGGAUCAUGUGAAAGAGAAUAUUGAAAUGCGUAUAAAGCAACUGAAAAAGACGGAGUACUUUCUUCUCGUAGCAGGUAAAUGAUAAACCUAAAAAAAAAAAAAAGAUCGGAUACGUAUGGAGAGAAAACUCGAAAAAAAAUUUCUGAGUUCACUUAAGGUUCUUACAACACAGCUUAGCUUUUAGUUCCAGCCUUUUGGGCUCUGAAUUAAUCCAAAACCUAUUGAUGAGGAUUACUAGUCAAAGAAGGCUAAAUAUCUACUGGAACGUUUUUGAAGCCUUCGAUAAACUCGUUACGCCUGAUUUUCGAAAAUCAAUUGGUAAGCAACGAGUGCUGCUCGUUUAUUGAAGCAUUACAAAGAAUCUCGAUAUGGGAACUUGCGAAAGUGUUGCUCAUUAGUCAAUUUUGCCUUCCUCUCAUUUGAAGAAGCUCAGGAAAGUGAUCGAUUGAACCACCUUUUUUUAGAGUUCGGCUGGUGAUCUUCGGUCCGGGGUUCUUUCCACUUUGCCAGACCGACCAGCCAGAGACCAAGGAAACUAACCAAUGGGAAAUGAAACGAAGUCACGUUAUUCGAUUAAAACAAAAUUUCCGACUGCACCGAAGCCUUCUACGUACGUUUCGACCGAAAUUUCGAUUACUUCACUGUGAACAGGGAGAAAAAACGAGAAUUUUUGAAAAUGGAACACAGGUUUUAUCCGAGAAUUCUUGGACAUGUAUUUCAAUAAGGAGAUCCAGAUUGUUAACCAUCUACAAAAAAGUUUCCGCAAAAUUCGGUUGGAAAACAAACUGAACGGCUGAAAAUUAUAGCAGUCCCGUUUUCCAGGUCGGAACGUCGAAAACGGAAGUUAUUGCCCCCGCAGGGAUUUCGCCCAGAAGACGAAAUCCCGAGGAGGCACAAGCACUCUAGUAACUCGCGCGUGUAUUAAGGAAAGUACUUACAGUUGAAAUAUACAGUCGUGCAGUCAAUAUAGAAAAAAUCUCGAUUUGCUUGAACAGGGCCUGCGAGGAAUCGGUAGGUAAUGAUGACGUUUCUAUUGUUUUCGCCCGCUAGUACGAAAUGGUUAGGAUGACGUAAAACACAAAAAGCUUACAAUAGGUAGAUUUUGUGACAUUAAUUGUGCAGUGGUACUUCGAUACUCUUUUGCGUUACGUGUUAUCAGUGACAUUCUGUGGAGCAGUUGUUAUGAAAGUUAUCGACCAAAAGACACUCGUUAAGCGCAGAUGAAGUUAUAAGGUGCGUAGGACAGUGUAUAUUUUAACACUUAGUGAGUUUGCCAGACACGAGUUCACAAAUCUUUGAUUGAAAACCUUCAGCUGAACCUUGCCAGACACUCUUUCUCUCUCUUUGACCGGAAUAAGACUCGGCCAAAAACAAGCAAGACGAGUGAAUGAUUCAGCGGCUAGCUUAUCACUAGCAGAACUAUGGACGAUUACAGCAAUUCGCCGACCUUCAAAUUCUGUGCUGAUUUAUUCCCUGCUCACAGAUGUCCUUCCGCUAUAAAGUUUAAAAUAAGACUAGAAUGCGCGAGCGUGAAUUGAUCAAACGUCCUUUUAAUUUCUGAGGCUUACUUUCCGGCAAAUAAAAUGAACUAAAUGUAAAAAGUGAAAUAAAAAUAGCGAAAAAUUAAACUUCUAAUUAAACCUCUUCUUAUGGUUUAGAAUAAACUAUUCUCGAAACUGAGAAUGCUUUGAUCAAAACUGGGUAAAUCGAACCGAAACUGUGCAUGGAACCUUUCGUUUAUUUCCUGUAUUUAUCUCACCUAUUGUAUGGAAUAUGUGUGAACAUCUUCACUAUGAAUCGGUAUCUUUCAAAGAGCUACACAAGGAGCAAGAAUACUAUAUACAGAGCGGGGGCAGCUGUAGUGUCAACUAUUACUAGUAUAGUGUUCCAUUCUUCGGAGCUCAUCAUAGUACCUGUUUUAGACCUCUGCGGCUGUUCUCCGUAAAAUGAGAUGGAUUUGUAGAAUGGUAAACGCGAUUCCCGAACAGAAUUCUUCAAUUUUGUUUACCAUUUGCCCAAAGCGUGAACCAUGUAAAAUGGGCAUUACCAGAAAUAAACGGAUUUCCCAAUGGAAUGUACCCUUCGUUUUGGUUUAUUUACAGGUGAAACGUCAUCUGGUAAAAGCAGCUUGAUCAAUCUCAUUCUCGGAGAGGAGAUUCUACCUUACUCCCUUCUUAGCACAACGUCCACCAUAUGUGAACUGAAGUUUGGAGAGGAACGCAGGCUGGUGGUGCAUUUUAAAGACAAGGAUCCUGAAACAGGACUCCAAACUAAGAAAAUUUUACUUGAGCAGCCAACAGGAUCUUCUGAUCAAAGCUUCCUCGAUCAGAUCUCCCCAUACAUUCACGUCAAGACUGACCGCGAAAAAGGCUCAAUUGUCAAAAAGAUCGAGCUCUUUUGGCCGCACAACGUUUUGGAGGUAGAUCGAGCUCAUUUGGUCACACAAUACUCUGUAGGUAGACUGAUAGCAGAGCUUCCGUGCGCGCCAAGCACGGACAGCGUAGCCCCAUUGCUAUACCAAUAGGAACCUUAUGGAUGCGAAAACAAUUUGGUUAUGACGUCAGCGUACGCCUGACCGUGAGUACAGACAGAGGGGGAGGGAGUAGAGAGACUCUGUAAGGGAGGGGAAUUUAAUCAGUUUAGAGGCAACCAAUAGAGUUGCUUCGGUAAAAAUUUUGAAGUUUCUUGUUUUUGCUAUGUCAAAAACUAUGAAAAAUGAACUUUGAAGGGUUUGCUUUUAGCUUGGACACACUUUAGUCGCGCUCCAGGACUAGUCUAGUCUCAGAUUGGUCAAAAUUGUGGCAGCAGAAUUCAUGCGUAAACACUUAUGUAGCUUCUAGAAAAUUGUUUACCGAGAAAUAAAGCUUUGAGUAAGUUUUUUCAUUUUAGGUCUGUUUGCGGGAUAAUUUUUUUUUUCUUAAAUCACCCAGCCCACUCCCUCAAAAGGUAAAUGGAGGGCUCCUAAAUUUAAGAAUAGAUUUUCGGAUAUCUUAGUACAGACUUAAAGUUUAUAAUUUUUUAAUAUAAAAAUGUGUUUAUGAACGGAAGCUUCGCUGUUAGGCUUGGCAAAAUCUAUAUAUUAGUACCAGCGGUAGAUCAAGGAAAUUAGGUGAUAAUUCUUUGUUUACGUAUUUAUGGGAAUAUAUAGAAAAUUUCUCACGAGAGCUCUCAUUACUUAGGUGAAUGAGUUAAAUUCUGAUAGCUGUGUUACCGAACAUUUCAAGGAAUUCUUUGUGGAAGAUUAAUUAUCAAGAUCUUUUUUUUUUUUUACAAAUUUUGUAAUAUUUUACAAAUUUUGGUUAUGAAUCAUAGGCAGGCUUAGUAAUCAUUGACAGCCCUGGUGUCGGAGAAUCUGAAGAGAUGGACGACAUGGUAAUCCAGUAUCUGCCUGAAGCCUUUGCUUUUAUGUAUGUCAUUAACAGUUCAAACGCUGGUGGCAUUCAAAAAGACAGAGUGAGUAUCUUGAUCAGUUUCGCUAGAUUGUGCGCAUGCGUUAAGUACAGAAGUUGGUGA